UUGGCUUCGUCAUUCUGGAUAAAGUGGUCCGUGCGUGUGGACGUACUGCUAAGACGCUCCGUGAAAAAGUGGAAAAAAGUGUUUUUUAAUUAGUGAUUUGUGCGAUAAAACCUUUUUCAAGGUUUGACUAAAGCCAAGCGUUGAUUCGCCUUCAAAAUGGCGGAUGAAGAACUAUUUUCUCUGUGUUGGAACAAUUUCAACACAAACCUCUCGGCGGGGUUUCAUGAAUCGCUCGUGAAUGGCGAUCUUGUGGACGUGACGCUGGCGGCAGAGGGGCAACUCGUCAAAGCGCAUCGGCUUGUGCUCUCCGUCUGCUCUCCCUACUUUCGUAAGAUGUUCACCAACAUGCCCGCCAAUCAGCACGCAUUUGUAUUCCUGAAAGAUGUGACCCAUUCCGCGCUCAAAGAACUCAUCCAAUUCAUGUAUUGCGGGGAAGUUAAUGUGAAACAAGAAGCCCUGCCAGCAUUUAUCAGUACAGCAGAGGCUCUUCAGAUCAAGGGACUCACUGACUCGGGUGAUUCAGCCCCACCACCUCCUAGUUCACCCACCAAAGUUGCAACGCCAUCACACUCAUCAGCAUCAUCACCUUCACGGGUCCGCACGCAACAGCGCACUGUUGCAAGAACAACGUACAAAAUGGAGUCUGAAGAUAGUGCUGACGAGAGGCCGAUGAUUCAGGUGCAUACACAAAAGCGCCCAGCCCCUCGUCAAACAGUAGCCCUUCAGUCAAUACCUUCCACCAAGAGGACAAAGAUUGAAACACUGGAAAGUCCAGAACAAGUGGCAGAAGCAUCGGCAACGACACGGAUCUCAGAAAAAUCAGAAACGGCAGAAUUCAUUGAUUUGCCAAUAAGUGAAACACUAUCGGCAAAAGCGGAACCCGUUGAAGAAUAUGCUGAGGAUACGGCUGAGGACAUUGAACAGGAAGGCGAGGCUACGUAUGUGGAGGAGGACACCUAUGGUGACAUGAAAUACGACGAAUCAUACUUCACGGAAAACGAUGAAUCCAACACAAAGCCAAAUGUUUCUGGAUUUGGAGAAAGCUACACUGAAGGGGAUCAAACUGUUGCUGAAGCUCAAGGUCCAUCGACGAUUGAUUUGAAAACAAAAGAAGAAGUUAUUGCCAAAUAUAUAACUGAUCACAAACCACGAACAGCACGAACUGGAGUUAUUUCCGAUGCAAUUCCACCAUCUGAAUAUUCGUACAAUGUUAGAGGUAUGCUGGUGUACAAAGAUUAUCUGUACACGAAAGCAAUGGUGAAAGGGCAAGAUAAAGUGAUCUACUGGCGAUGUACGAAAUAUAGUCAAUUGAAUUGCAAAGCUGCUCUCAAAGCUGUGGGUAAAACCAUCUACGUGAUGCGCGAUUUUCACAAUCAUCCAUCUACGAAGCAGAAAACCGUCAAUGUUAUUGUAUGGAAUGAGCAGCAAGAAAAUUAACUAUUCUUGCAUUGCUCAUCGUCACACACAAAUUCAAUAAAGGCAUGCUAUCUCCUUUACAUUUAAUCAUUGAAUGUACCAUCAGAACAAUCCUUAGAUAAAUUGUUAUUUUUUAAGUACAGGAUACAAUGGGCCUAAUUUGGAAUUGGACCUAAAUUGGAAUUUAGGAUUUCUUUACAACUGCUUCAGAUGGGUAAAGAAAAAAAAGAAGAUUACGAAGAAGUACAAGAUUUACACUAAAGAUAACUUCUUCAUAGUCUUUUUCUUCCGUCAAUCUAAAACUUUGAGGAAAUUUCAAUAUUCCAAUUUAGAUCCAAUUUAAAAUUACCCCUUUGUACCCUAUGUACCAAAUAAAUUGAUUUUCAGUUUUACUAAAAAAUCAAUUUUAAGUAACACUAAAAAUAUUCAUGUAGGCACAACGUUCUAUAAUCUAUACGCAUUUUUUCCUACAUUAGCGAUGGGGUCAGGAGGGAAUAUUAAGCCUAAAAGAACGUGAAGAUUUAACACUUAAAAUUUUGAAGAUAUUGCACCGAGAUUCAAACAAAUUUGCUCGUAAUUCUCGUAUGAUUUUGGCAAGAAUUAUGAAAAAUGUAUUUUUAGAUUUAGAUAACUCUUAAUGCUCUAUUUCGAAAUAUCAUCAGAAUGAUUAGUAAAUUCGCUUUAAGAAAGAACUUACCAUUAAAUUUCAGUAUGAAAAAGUGAAUCCUCUUUAUUACUUUGUAUUAAGCCCUCAAUCCCCAUUAUCUUAUCCCAGUACAUUAUUCAAUUGUUAAAGAUUUAAUAAUAGAAAAUUUCUGGUGACCGAAAGUUGAUUCAAACUCAGGACAUUUACAUUUAAUACUUACGCUCUAUUACGUAUACACGUAGUCUUCAAUGCCUAGUUUUCAUUAAUUCUUAUUUAGCUAUGGUGCUUAACAUUAACUCUUUCGCGUCUUUAGGGUCAUAUAUGACCCGGGGAAAAAAGUUUCUUUUUGGCUAUUUACAUUAAUUGAAAUCUAACUGGAGUCUUGAGAAAAUGAGCCAAGAAUCUUACAUCCUUCUAUUAUGAUGUUGUGCACGAACAGAUAGAUUUCAGUUAAUGUAAAUACCCAAAAAAAACUUUUUCCCCGAGUCAUGACAUUACCCUAAAGACGCGAAAGAGUUAAACCUUACCGACGGUUUUUGGGCGUUUUUCCCAGCACGAUCAGUCAAAUGGUAGACCGCGGUAGGUAGGAUAUUCAACAAAUAUUUCUUGGAAAAGAGGAAAAAAUUAAAAUUUAAACAUUUAAAUAUAUAUUACAUACAUAUUUUGAUAGCGAAAUUGUACAGUCCAAAUACGUGUUAAUUUUAAAAAGUUUAUAAACCGGUCAAUAUGACCGGUAUUGGUAGGUUUUAACUACAUUUCACUAGUACUUUCGCAUCAUUUACCAUUUACCGAUUUUCAACCGAUUUAAAGCGAUUUGUAAAUCACUCGAAAGAUUCUACAAAAUAAUGUUAAAAUAAUAAAAUUGAUUUUCGGAUAAAAUAUACUUAUCGGUUCAUAACCGGUUCACAAUCGAUUUGAACGGAUUUAUAAAUCACUCAAAACAUUGCCCAAAAUAACUUACAACUAAUAAAAAUGAAUUUCGAUAAAUAAAAAUUAGUUAUCGGUUAUGAACCGGUUAAUUACCGGUUCAAAACCUAUUGGAACCGAUAUGGUUUUGUCGGAAAUUCCAAGACCUUUCCAACGAACCUAAACAUGACCAAUUUAAACCAAUCAAAAAAUAGUUAUAAUUCUAAAUAUAAAAUUAUUCAAAUAUACACCCCACAUUGCACAUUUGGGACAAUCAAUGUGAAUCACAUUAAAAUUUUAAUGGGCAAGUAUGAUAUCCGGUUAAAUUUAUAUGAGUAUAUUAUUACUUAAUAAUGGAAUAUUAAAUUUGUACUUCAUUUAUAUCCCAAUUGUUGUAAAAUUAUUUUUGGAAAUCAUGGCUAUAAGUGAAGCAGGGGCACACACUAUAGCUUCGAAUACUUCAUAUUUUUCCUAUAUUUCUUCAAUGAAUCUAACUUUUUUUUUUUCAGGAAGUGACUUAGGACUAGCUAUUAAAAUAUAUUGUUAUUAAGUCAGAUUCAUUGAAAGAAUAUGGGAAAAAUAUGAAGUGAUUGAAGCCAGAGUAGGGGGAAGUGGGGCACUUUUGAAUUUGGGGAAGCUUUGAAAUUUGAUUUUUCAGUUCGUGGAGCUAAAUGAUAUCAUGACAAGGAUUGAUUUUAUAUGAAAUUAGGAGAAAAAUCUCAGUUUCACAGCUGCUCAAAUUCAAAAAUGUCUCACUUCUCCCUAUAUGCGAAUCCUGAAAGCAUUCCCCUAAUAGGUAUCUUUGAAAAUAAAAAUACAAAACUAUUGCUGAAAAUUCUUCAAAAGAUUGAUUUUAGUAUGUUACGUUUUAUAAGUGUAGUAAUCUUGGUAAUAAUGCAAAAUCUUAGAUAGAAUGCUGCACGAUUUUCAUAUGUGCUUAAAGUGACCUUUUGUUUCCUGCAUUGAUUAUGAAUUAUUGGAAUCCAUCUUAAUUAAAUAAGCUAACUCAGGGCAAUUGAUAUAAAGUGUCUAGCAUGAAAGUAAUAUUUGAACUUCUUAAUAUGCUCCGCCCAUAAGUAAUUGUCCGUCACUCUUUAUUCAGAAGCAAUAUUCGAAAUUUUCGUUUUUUUAUAUUAUUGGGUUAGUUCUAUAAGAAACUAUCCUUUUGAUUGCAUUUUUGCUAGAAGAAGCUUGAAUAAUCUCACUUAUAGUAAUUAGGCCCUACCCCCUACAAAAAUUUGAAUUAGAAAAUUAAUUCAUUUAUUCGUUAAUAGAGUUCCUUAAUUCCUACACAAAACUUUAAUAAUGUAAGUUGUUUGCUCAUGAAUUUUCUUUGUAUCCUAAAUUAGAAAUUCAGACAUUUUAAUAAUAGCUAAGGACAGAUUCUUUAGGAAAUAUGAUCAACAAUUAUUCAUUCAAAGUAAAUAAUUCCUUUGAUUUAAAAGGUUUCAAUAAAGAAAUUUUAUUUUUUAUAAAAAAAAGCUUAAAAUACAUGUUAUUUAUUCAAAAUAUAUUUUACCAGUAAUUAAAUAUGAUGUAUUUGUUUAUAUUGCUUAGUGUAAAUUGUUAAAAUGAAAAUCAAUUUAUUGUGGUACAAAACAGAAAAAUUAGAUAAAAGUUUAUAAAAAAUAUAUUUUUACUCAUGUUGAUAAAAACCAAGAAAAUAUGUAUGAACUUUUAUUUAAUCAUAGUACUAAAUAAAAAUCAAUUCUUUUA